AUGAGCAGCGUCCUCACGGCACGCGCCGAUCCCGAUGCGCAGACGACAGUAACCGACUUCCUCGACUUCACGGAAUACCUACCCGCCGACAUGAUGCGCUCCCUGACGCUCGUGGGCCAGCUGGACCAGAGAUAUGCGGAUGCUUCACACAAGGUCGAUGACUUGACGACAGUAUGGGGCCAGCUUCCAGGCUUACCGGCCCAUGAGCGCCCAUCGCCGGUGCAGCUGCGCGCUGACAUCUCGGAGCACUUGAGGCAAGCGCUGGAUUCGCGCAUCUUUGCCCACGCAGAGGCUGUCAGGAUGGCGGACAAUGUCAACCGCCACUACAACAAGGCGACGGCGCUGCUUUCGAAGCUCAAGACAAUGAUGGAAAACUACCCAACGGAAGAGCAGGCUCUUGUCGAGCCCAGGUCUCCUCAGAUGACGAGGGCGAAGCUGACGGUUAGAGCUACUGGAGAAGACGGGCAGAAAGUGCGACGAUCCCGAGUCCCACGGAUCACGGUUCCUGGUGAGGUUCUCGCCCCCUACGAAAUUGAAUACGACACCUUUAGCGACGACAGCGAUAUCAGCUCUGAUGAAGAGUCCGAACCGCCAGCUACAACCCGCAGGAUACAGGUUCCCACGCCUCGGAUCAAACUGGUCAGCAACAAGAGCCAGAAAUCUAGUGGCCGCUCUUCACGAGGGCAAUACGCUACCCCUGCCUUGAGUGCUGCGGCUGCUGCGAAUGCGGCUGCGCUGCUUAACCCUCCCCCCGAGAACGCCGUCAUUGGUAGUCCUGAUGCUCCGUGGCUGCAGUUGACCCAAUAUGAGCUGGCCAAACUAAGGAAACGGAUGAAGAAGAAUGCAACAUGGACACCUAGCGAGACUAUGAUUGCUAGGGAAUUGAAAGCCUUGUGUCGUGGGCCAGAUGCUUAUAGGGAGGCUAAGAAGAAGGCAGAGGAGGAAGGCCGGGUGUUUGAGGCUACGGUGCCAACGCCCAUCAUCGAUAACGAAUCCGGCACUCGACAAAUGCCUGCUGGCGCCAUCAGCGUCGACUCUCUGGCUGCCACCGAAGUACCGACCAGCAACCGGGGCAUGAAGCUCAACGAGGCCAAAAAGCUCAAGAGAGAGCAGCUCGCAAAGCUGGCCGCCGAAGAAGCCGAGGAAUCCGCCCGUAAGAUGCAGCAGGCGGCGAAACUAUUCCUGGGCAGCAGCACGACUUCUAGCAUGACGCCCGAGAAUGCGAAGAGCCCUGGACCGCAGCCUAAGCCGCGGACCAACUCCAGAUCUAAGCGAAAGAGAGAGACUGAAGACGAGACCAAUGGCGACGCCGCAGCAGCAGCGGCGGCACCAGCAGAAGGCGGUGAAGCAGUGCCAUCAUCGCGACCACAGCUAAAGCGCACCAAGACUGAGACACCCGUCCCACCGCCAGUGCCCGGUCUGAUUGCACAGGGCAGCUCGGUCUCCUCCGACAACUCUGCACAAGCUGUCACGACGUCUGGGGUAGCUAGUGCUGUUCCCCAGUCGGAGACUCCCGUCCCGAUCCCCAUUCCUCCACAAUCUUCCGUCACUACUAGGUCAGCAACAUCUCCAGUGCCAGGCUCUACCAUUCCAGCCAAUGCGAGCAAUGGCACUGUCACCGUCUCUACUCCCGCGCCUAUCAAGGCUCCAUUCGAAACCCCUGUCCCUCUUCCCAAGACCGAGCCGAGGAUGUCUACCACACCUAUCCCUCCGCCGACGAUUAGAGAGCUGCCCGGGCGAGAGGCUAGUAAGCGUGAAACGCGGGGAGAGGCGGCGAAGCGAUCGCAGCAACAGCAGCAGCAGCAGCAGCAGCAGCAGCUAUCUGCGUCCACGUUAACACCUGCGCCAGAGUCGCUCCCUUCACGCCGACCCGGCUCGCGAGGUAAGGCCGCGAGCCAGGAGCCACAGCCGUCACUGGCCGUGGAUCGAUCUCGCCGUGCCAGUACGGCGCGCAACACACCGGUUCCCGAAGUUAAGCAGCCGGGAAAACGUACCAAACGCCCCGCCCCCGGUGUUGUCAGUAGGACUAGCAGCGGCGGUAACAGCGCCGUUGGCAAGCGGAAAGCGGCACCUAAGAGGAAGGCUCGCGCGACUAAGAGAGACAAGGGUCAAGUGACGGAGGAGAUGGUGGAGGUGGACGAUGAGGGCAACCCCAUUGAUCCUGACGAGCCACGGUAUUGCCUCUGCAAUAGGGUGAGCUUUGGGACCAUGAUUCAGUGUGAUAACCAGAAUUGCAAGCAGGAAUGGUUCCAUCUCGAAUGUGUAGGCCUUUCGGAUAUCCCUGCGCGAACGACGAAGUGGUAUUGCCCCGACUGUCGUAAGCUUCUCAACAUUGGUGAGAAGGGAGAGAUUAGUGCGCGGGGGGUUAAGAAGUAG